AUGGUUCCCAAUAACUCAGAAGAUGACGAUGAUGAUUCCAAAACAGUCAAGGAGGAAGACUUGGCGUUUGAUCGUGGCAUGCGGAAGGAGGUCAAGUCUCUGUAUCGAGAGGACUAUCGGCAUCCUUGGGCGGAAUGGACACCAGACAACGACAAAAUGGACGCCGAAAGGUUGAAGAACUCGAAAUUUGCGGUGGUUGGCAGAUGGGAGAUGGAUACGGAUAGCGACGGAGGAUUGGCUUUGCACUCUAUUACAGUGCAGAGCCCCAUUCUGAAAAAGCUGUUAGAGACAGUCUUCAAGGGCUACAAAGGGGUAGAAACCAAAAUGAAGAUGAAGGAACUAACAUUUUCGAAGCCAUUCAAUGAGUUCUACUACCGCUGGGAACAGUAUCAGGAGCUAUGCCAACACGAAUCAGAACGAGACGAAGUGGCCAAAGAACACAUCUCGCUCCUCAACAGCAUUGUCGAACCAGAGAUUCAACCGCACGUUGAGCAUGCGAAGGAACUCAAGGAAGAAGGCAGUGUGACUUUCGACUAUCUAUGGGUACUCUUCCCGCCAGACUGCGAGAUCUUCGCCCAGAUCGAUAGGCAAGAUCGCAUUCUGCGGCUCGCCAGCUCAACAUACCUUCGCACACAAUGUGGCAUUGUGUUUCAGCUCAAGGCAAAAUACAUUACCUACGAUGGGACCGACUUUGGCUGGGCGAGCGAAACUUUUCAGAUUAACGCUUUUGAGGGCUACCGCAAAGUACUGGAACUGUCGGUUGUGCCUCUGAGUGCGUUUCAGGAUGAUAUGAAAACUCAGCUCGUGAAGAGAGUGGAAGACCGUGGGAGAGCGUUCGAAAGUUUGAAAGGCUGGCAUUACUUGAGCUACAACGGCUCUGUUGAUCCCGCAGACGAGAAAUUGAGGAAACAGAAGGUUUACAAUGGCCGCGUUGUCAUUGACGCCGAUCUCUAUCAUUCCCAGGACAUCGACGAAGAUGUCGUCCUUGAGCCGCUGCACAGUCUCUCCAACACUUUUGAUAAGACGAUCACAAAAUCCAUGGAUGAUCCGUUCGCAGAUUUGAACUUCAUACCGCCGCCGCUGCCUGACCCGUUUGCGUUCCUUCCUGGCUUUGGUGGACAACGUAAAAAGAAGAAUAACAAGGACGACGAUGGCAAGGAACGGCAGGUCGAGCUGAACAACGAGCAUUACAGGUUCUGCGAUGCUAGUGUGAAGGGAUACUGCCUGACCUCUAAGCAAUGGGUCAAGAUGCUUGUUGACAAUGUUGACGAAAUCAAAUGGAACACGGCAUCGUUCAAGCGACUCGUGCUACCCAGUGACUAUAAAGAGCUCAUCUUAGCCUUUGUCGACAGCCACCUCUCGCAAGGGGAUAGCUUUGAUGAUAUUGUGCAAGGGAAGGGGAGAGGAAUCGUCAUUCUACUGAGCGGCGUUCCUGGAGUGGGGAAGACACUCACUGCAGAGGCCGUUGCUGAAGAGAUGAAGAAGCCGCUCUACUCCAUGAGCGCCGGCCAGCUUGGUUUCGACGCCGACACUGUCGAAAUCCGCUUACGCAGCGUUCUCGAAAUCUGCACCAAAUGGCGAGCCGUGCUUCUCAUCGACGAAUGCGAUGUCUUCCUAGAGCAGCGCCAAAUCUCGGACAUCCACCGCAACAAGCUCGUCGCCGUCUUCCUUCGUCUGCUCGAAUACUAUCAGGGCUGCAUGUUCCUGACGACCAACCGUGUCGCGACAUUCGACUUGGCGUUCAAGUCUCGUAUCGAUCUCAUCAUUGACUAUCCAAAGCUCACGCCGUCGGCGAAGAAGCAGAUCUGGCAGACGUUUGUGAAGCCGUCGGAAGAGUUUCCUCGGAAUGAUAGCACCAUCACCGAGGAGGAGCUGGACGUGCUGGCGAAAAUCGAUAUCAAUGGCAGAGAGAUCAAGAAUUUGGUCAAGACGGGCAGGCUUCUUGCCAAGAGGAAAGGGGAGGUCUUGGGUAUGCAGCACUUGAGGACUGUGCUGGGAGUGCAGACUGGCGGGCCGGCGAUUGAGGAUACAGAAGAAGUCUAUCCACCCCUUGAUUGA